AUGACUGCCAUCCGGCUAUGAGAAUUUAUUGACCGCCGCCCAGCAAUCCCACCCAGUAUAUUCAUUGUUCACCAAGGAAAAGAUCUCCGUGGUUAUUACACUGGGCAGCUGGCAAGACUCCAUUAUGAUUAUAGUGUGAAGAGAUCUCCCAGACCUCUCAUAGACUUGGAAAUUCCAUCUAAGAAGAAAAGUCAGUAUCAGCCUCAAUUAGACCAACAAACUCUCAUUCAUUAUAUCAAUGUUCGAAGACAUUCAAAGCCUGCCGAGCCAUGGUAUAAAGAAACCUCUUACCAAAGAGACUAUUCUUUGCCAUUUUACAAGAUGGAUUGGGCCCGGAAAUUAGGCACAGUUUCAUCGAAUCCUAGACCACUCAAUUCACUGCCAGAGCACUACUGUUGUGAAGGGAGUGGCUUUGAAAGAAAGGCUUUUAAACUAAAGUAA